AUGAAGAUCACUCUUGCCCAAUUCCUUGCAUUGGCAGCCACUGCCAACUGCGCUGCAAUCAACCUCGAGGCCAGAGCCACUCCCCUCGAUGUCAAGCUUACCUCUCUCGGAAACUCCAAGGUCAAGGCCGUUGUGACCAACAAUGGCGAAGCCAGCUACAACCUCUUCUAUAAGGGUACUUUCCUGGACAGCGAGGCCCCUGUUGACAAGUUCCAUGUUUCUACUGCAGAGACCAAGGCUCCUUUCACUGGCAUCCUGCAGCGUCUGGCUUACACCCAGCUUAGCGAGGAUGUCUUCAAGCCCAUCAUGGCCGGCCAGUCGAUCGAGGUCGAAGUCGAACUUGCCGAGUUGUACGAGCUCUCAUCUAACGGAAAGUACGACGUCCUCGCUGCUGGCGCCAUCCCCUACGCUGAGCUCAACUCCACUGCCCUGACCGGAAGUGCCCUUGCCUUCACCAGCAACACCCUCUCUGUUGACGUUGACGCCGCCGAGGCAGCCAAGGUCGAGAGCGCCGUCAGCAAGCUCUCCAAGCGCACUCUCAUCCAGAGUGACUGCACCGGCACUCGCCUGACCGCCGUCCGCAGUGCCCUCAGCAAUUGCCAGAAGUUGGCAACUGCUGCCGCUACUGCUGCCACUUCUGGCUCUGCCAGCAAGUUCCAGGAGUACUUCAAGACUACUUCUUCCAGCGUCCGCAGUACUGUUGCUGCACGUCUGAGAGCCGUUGCUGCCGACUGUGGCUCUACUUCCAGCAGCAAGACCCGUACUUACUGCACUGACAUCUACGGCGGUUGUUCGUCUGGCGUGCUCGCCUACACCCUCCCCUCCAACAACUACAUCGCCUACUGCCCCCUCUUCUUCAGCGACCUCCCCGGAUUGACCGCCCAAUGCCACGCCCAGGACCAGGCCACCACCGCUUUGCACGAGGAGACCCACGCCCCUGGCGUCUACUCCNCCGGCACUGAGGACAACGGCUACGGCUACAGCGCUGCCACCCGUCUUUCCAGCUCUGCUGCUGUCCUCAACGCUGAUUCGUAUGCUCUUUACGCUAACGCCAUCUACUCUGGAUGCUAG